AUGCCUCAAGUCAUGGAUGCAAGGGCCAUUGAAGGAAAAGUUAGGAAUUUAUUAAACUACCACACAAAAAAAUAUAAAACAACAACAAUUACCUCUGAGCCUAACAACAAAAAAAACAUGCCAAAACCCACUUCAUUUAGUCUUAAGUUCUCGGACACAAGCUCUACUUCAAAUGCUUCAGAUUCUACUCAAGACACAAAAACAGCUUUUCAAACUAAUAGCAAAGCAUCCUGA